AUGGUGAACGAACGGUUCACAGUGUUACUGUCUCCGCCGAAUUCUCCGCGUAUGUCGGACGCAACGGCCAAGGCAGACGACUACUACAGCCAAUAUGCGCCGCAUUCAGCACAGUAUCUUCCAAGAGGUUCGAUACAGCAUGGCCAAGCGGGCGUCCACGAUGACAACCGUGAGCACCCGUACGAUCAAGCCAGACACUCGCUUCGAUCGUACAAGAGCUCUCCUUACGCUCUUGGACCGUCGACUCAACUUGGCUACCAAGGCAAUCACAACGACCCGCAUCACGGCUACCAAGAUCGAAUGAUCCCUCAAGGUCCUCAGCCGGUUCGAGCAGCAGAUUCCGAGCAAACGACAGGCGCCGUGUCGACGGCUUCGAGUCCAACAGACCGUCUGACUCCACGGUCUGAGAGUGCACACGCCAAGGACCCGCACGACGAUGACGAUGUCAUUGACAUUGGCGGUGAAGAUCCAGAUGAAGAGGGCGAAAAGGUGCCCAUGACUGCAGCGGAGUUGCGAGCAGCGAAAAGGAAGAUGAAGAGAUUUAGACUUACACACAAUCAAACCCGUUUCCUGAUGAGUGAGUUCGCUCGUCAGGCGCACCCGGACGCUGCUCACCGGGAGCGACUGGCACGGGAGAUACCUGGCCUCAGCGCACGACAAGUUCAGGUCUGGUUCCAGAACCGAAGAGCGAAACUAAAACGACUGACGACUGAUGAUCGAGAACGGAUGAUGAGAUCAAGGGCCUUGCCCGAGCACUUCGACACGACGCAAGCGCUACAUUCGCCGUUUGGCGCCCAACCCCCUCCCAUGGGCGCGCCAGUUCCUGGAAUGGGAGGCUACUCGCAUUACGGCGACAAUGGAGGCAUCAGACCUCUCACGCUCGACACGUUGCGACGAGUACCAGAUUACGAUCAGUAUGGCCAGCAGUACGCGAGCAUGUCGGGCGUGAGUCCAGCACUGGGAGCAUUCGCGUUUACACCGCCGCAAUCAGCCUCAGAGCAUCUGUCACCGACGUCUGCUACGAGCGGCAUGUCUCCAUUCGUUCUACAGCAACAAGGCACGUACGAACCAGCCAAGAGACCGCCUAUUGGACUUCCUGGAGCAACACAAGCAACAUACAUGCCUCACCAGCAGGCACCUAGACUCCCGCUGCACGACAGAUUCGCCAGAACACUCAGUGAAGCCGCAGGAUCUCCUUUGAGAACAAGUGUUUCCUAUUCCACUCUGGGUUCGAUCAGUCAGCCGGUACAGCAAUAUCCUGAGCGCGCUGCAUCGUAUUCAGAGCAUUCAACGUACGGACAUCAGCGACCGUACCUUCAAAGGAACCCCAGCAAUACAAGCGUGACAGAGCCAUCGUCUUAUGGAUUGGGCUUCUCUUAUACUCAUACUCCCAGCUAUCAGCAGAGCGAGCAGCAACAGCGACCACCACCAGCAAGUGGUGUCCAACAUUCGGCAGAGACAGAGCCUUAUAGACGACCAGCUCCACCAUCUUCGAAUUACAGUCAGCAGUACGAACACUCCAGCUUUAACGCGUCGCAAGUCCCUCAGUAUCAAGGAUACACGGCACAAUAUCCCUCGCAGAAUCUACCAGGCGGCUAUCAAGUGACAGAGCCACCACGACCUCAGGGGCAAGAGCAAGGUCAUCAUCAAGCGCACGAGAACUAUCCGGCCGUGCCAGGGGCGCAACAGCCAUACAUUCAUCAGCAAGUGGCAGACAGUCAGAGCUCUGCACAUGGAAUGUCGAUGCCACCAUCGUAUUGA